AGUUAGAAUCCCUACUGUAUGCUUUCCUUGGUGCUUUAUAUUCAUUCUUCUUAACUACUCAUAAUAACCUUAAGCUAAGUGGAAGUUAGCCCGACUUUAUAGAUGAAGAGUCUGAGACUCAGAGAAGUUAAAUGACUCCAAAAGCUAUACAGUAAAAGUGAUAGCAAGCAUAAGUUUGAAUCCAUGUCUGACAUCAAUAUCCACUCUCCUUCCACUGUACGCUUAAGUAGAACUCUGAUGGUAGCACUUUUAAAUGUUUAGAUUAAUCCACUGCUUCAAUCAGUAUACUAUAGCUAUAUCCACUGCUGCUUUGUGAUGGGUAGAACCAAAAAAAAUGUUACCAUUAAACAAGUAUAUAUACAAAACCUAUAUAGAAGUUUUUUCUCCCCCCCCCCCCCCCCUCAAAUCACUUACUAGUCCAUACUGAGUCAACAUCAGGUGAGUUCCAAAUCAUUCCUGCCUGGUUUUCCUCUCUUUUCCUCUGUCCUUCUCCCCUUCCAUUUUUGCUCUCUCCUCAGAAUCCACUUGCUUCUGGCUAAUAGUUGGUUCUGUCUUACUAAUUGGGGGGAAUGGAAAGGAGGGCAUUACAGAUUUUCCCUAGCCUAUGUAUAGGAAUGAGAGGAAAGGAGAACAGCCCCUCAUUCUUCAACCUCAAUGAAAAAGCUGCAAGAUAAGUAAUUUUGUUACUAAUAUUGACUGCACUGUAAUAGGCGUCCUGUGUUGUGCUAUCACCCUAAUUGGCUCUUCUGCAAUUUACAAAAUAUCCUUUUCUUGUAGAGAGAGUGGGUCAAUACGUGACUGAAUAUCACAGUUAUUGGGGGGGGGGGUGCUGUAAAUAAUCGUUGAGUGCUUAAUAUAUGCCAGGCACCAUGAAAAAAAAAAAGCUCUUUGCAAACAUUCUCACUCGUGAGGUUUUCUUUUAUAUACUACUAUCUUUUUUUUUUUUUUUAACUGGAGAUGGAAGAGGUUACUUACUGAAUGUCGCAGAUAAGUGUCAUCGCAAACCCAGGUGUAUGUUCUUUCUGCCUGUUUUCUUCUGCAGUUGUACCCCAACAAUCUUAGGCCACUGUGCUUUAAUUUUUUUUUUUUAAACAGUUAUUUAUUUUUGAGACAGAGCAUGAACAGGGGAGGGUCAGAGACAGAGGGAGACACAGAAUCUGAAACAGGCUCCAGGCUCUGAGCUGUCAGCACAGAGCCCUACGCAAGGCUUGAACCCACGGACCCUGAGAUCAUGACCUGAGCCGAAGUCGGACACUUAACCGACUGAACCACCCAGGCGCCCCUGUGCUUUAUGUGCUUUAAAGGCAUACUAGUGAUCACUAGUGUAGCUAAGUCUUCCCAUCUAUCCCUUCUGCUAAAGAAAAAAUAAGUUGUGGUGGCUGGGGGACUUGAAGUGAUAUCCACGUCAAGGAAAUCUGGCAAAGCCCCCUGCGGAAAGCAUGAAGCCUGCAGCUCGUGACCUUGAAGGCCAGGGCUUUGCCCAUCCGUCCUGCAUCCCGAGCCGGCCUCUGUGAUGGGAAGAAAAGCAACUGAUGAUACUGUGGACAGAAUAUUCAUGAGUCCAACGCGGAGGUUUUGUCAGGGGUGGGGCACGAGCCCAGGUCCGCCCGCGGUGCCCAUUCCCUCCUUCACAUACGCUCCCCAGGCGUGCCGACUUCCAGAGAGGAAGGACGUUUCCCGGGAGACGGGAGAGAUUUGGUGGCAGCUGAAGCCGCUGCAGGGAAUGAAUUUACCCAGGGAACUGGGAAAGGGCCAGCAGUUUCCGCUCCAGGAACAGCUAGCUCCCGGGAAGUCUUGACCUCUUUCCUAGCUUCGCGAGCUAUUGGAACGCUAGUCCCAGGUGGCCGAACAGCAGGAUACUCCGCUAGUGGGUCAUAGUGGGGAGUGAGCCGAGCUGGGCCAGCUGACAGCCCCCUCCCCGCCCCUUCCGCUUCCGUCGGGCUCCUCCCUCCUUCUGGUGGUGCUAGGGCUUCGCCGCCGGCGGCCGGAAGCCACGCGGCUCUUACGCCCUAUGGCCGCCGCGGGGUCCGCGAAGGUGGCGUUGCGGGUGGCGGAAGUGCUGGAGACCAUCGUGAGCUGCUGCGUGGGACCCGAGGGGCGGCAAGUUCUGUGUACGAAGCCCACCGGCGAGGUGCUGAUCAGUCGGGAUGGAGGCUGCCUUCUGGAGGCGCUACACUUAGAACAUCCCAUAGCCAGGAUGAUGGUAGCCUGUGUUUCCAGUCAUCUAAGAAAAACAGGAGAUGGUGCUAAAACAUUUAUUAUCUUUCUUUGUCACUUACUCAGAGGACUUCAUGCAGUAACAGACAAAGAACAGGAUUCUUUGAUUUCCAAAAAUAUUCAAACCCAUAGAAGGCAUUGGAAAAAUUGUUGUCAGUGGAAAUUUAUUUCUCAGGCUCUUCUGAAGUUUCAGACACAAGUAUUAGAUUAUAUUAUGGGCCACUACUUAAGCAAACACUUUUUGUCCAUCUUUUCUUCAUCCACUAAAGAGAGAACAUUGUGUAGAAGCUCUUUAGAGUUGCUCUUAGAAGCAUACUUUUGUGGAAGAGUGGGAAGAAAUAAUCAAAAAUUUAUUUCACAAUUGAUGUGUGACUACUUUUUCAAGUGUAUGGCUUGUGAAAGUGGAUGUGAAGAAGUAUUUGAGUUAGUGGAUGACUAUUUUAUAGAGUUGAACGUUGGUGUCACUGGCCUUCCUGUCUCAGAUUCCAGGAUCAUAGCUGGGCUUGUGCUUCAUAGAGACUUUUCUGUAUACUGUCCAGCAGAUGGUGACAUAAGAAUAGUGAUAGUAACAGAGACUAUUCAGCCCCCUUUUUCAACUUCUGGAUCAGAGUUUAUUUUAAAUUCAGAAGCACAGUUUCGGACAUCUCAGUUUUGGAUUAUGGAAAGGACAAAAGCAAUCAUGAAACAUUUACAGAGUCAGAAUGUAAAAUUGCUGCUGUCUAGUGUGAAACAACCAGAUUUAGUUAUUUAUUAUGCAGGACUGAAUGGCAUAUCUGUCGUGGAGUGUUUAUCUUCUGAAGAAGUAUCUCUUAUCCAGAGGGUUGUUGGUCUUUCUCCCUUUGUAUUGCCAUAUACCUCUUCGCGGUAUGAAACCUGUAACACUGCUUUGAUGAAUUUUUGUAAGCCCCUUAUCCUUAGAUCCAAAAGGUAUGUUCAUCUUGGCUUGAUUGGCACAUGUUCGUUUAUACCACACUGUAUAGUACUUUGUGCACCAGUGCAGGGUCUUGUGGAACAGCAUAAAAGUGCUUUACAUGGAGCAUUUAAAAUGCUUCGGCAGUUAUUUAAAGACCUUGAUCUAAAUUACAUGAUACAAGCCAGUGAUCAAAAUUAUGCAUCAAGUCCUCUUACCUACAAGAAUAGCAGAGAAAGUACGCCAUUGCCAGAAAUUGUUAAUGGCUCAAUGCAAAGCCCAUAUCAGGGCACAGUUGUAGAGAACAAAGGUAAGCUGGCAACAACUCAAACAUAUUUAAAAGUAUAUUCAAAUUUUGUAGUUCCAAGUGUAGAAUUAGAAACACAUAUUCCACGUUCAAUACCAAAAGUGACACCAACAGAUACAUACCAGACAGAUGAAACAUUGAGAUAUUUAUCUCUAGCCAGGAUAGUUGAUGACAGUGAACCAUUUAUGGAGAGUAAUUCUGCUAAUUCAACAACAGAAAACACUAGAAUAGAAAUUUCUUGUGAAAAUUUACAAGUCACAGAAAUUGCUGGAAGGGGAAGCAUGUUAGCAGUGAGAGAGAAGUCACUGGAGAUGUGUACAUCCCACGGUUACUGCUUCUCAUCUAUACCAGCAGGUUGUGUUUUGCCAGUGGGUGGUAAUUUUGAGUUUUUGUUACAUUACUAUCUUCUUAACUACGCCAAAAAAUGUCACCAAUCAGAAGAAACUAUGGUUAGCGUGAUAAUAGCUAAUGCUCUUUUAGGCAUUCCUCAAAUCCUGUAUAAGUCUAAGAAGGGAAACUAUAGCUUUCCACAAAUAUAUGUAAGAACUCUCCAUGCGAUACAAACCCAUCAACCCAUGGUAAGCAGUCAGACAGGUUUGGAAUCGGUAGCUAGUAAAUACCAAUUACUAACUUCCGUUCUUCAAUGUUUAACAAAAAUUUUAACCAUUGAUUUGGUAAUCAAUAUUAAGAGACAACCUCAGGAAGUUUAUGAUCAAGAUUCAGAAGAGGAAGUAUAAAAUUGGAAGUUUUUUUAUUAACCAAAAUUUUAACCCAACUCAAGCCAUAAAGUAAAAAAUGUGACCACUGAUUCUCAAAUCAAUUUGGUCUAGUUAGGAAAACAUCAAAACUUAAAAAAAAUCUUUAGAAGAACUACAGUAAGAGGCUAGCAGACAUUCAGACCAAAUAUUAGACAACAUUCUGGAACUGUUCUGAGGAGGAAGCCUUCACAUGAGGGAAGCCAAGAUAUGACUGUAUGUCUUUCUUCCCCUUAAAUUUCCCUGUGUCUCAGCUCUGUGUUAGUCCGUGUAUAUGCGAGAGGGUGUUCCUUUAUAGUCCUUCUUACUUUUCUGUACAUUUUUUCACUCUCUUCAUCUGUCCUCCUUGCCUUUCUGUAUUUAUUUAGUUCAUAGGAUUAUUUAAUCUGAGAUUUGGAUAAGGUCUUCAAAUGUCAUCCUAUUCUAAUUGUUUAUAAUAUUAAACAUUAUUUGCUUCAUUCAAAAUAAUGUAUUUUCUCUAUUCCUAAUUUCUAAAAAGCAAUGAAUAAAAAGUCUUGAUUUCUUUUCUCAAGAAGCAUAUAAACUAAAUUAGUUUUUACUUUUAUAUAUCCCCUUAUUUAUUUCUGUUUUAUGUGGAAAAGCCUGGAUAUAUUUUUUCUACUGUCCAUACACCACUGAAUAUGUAACUAGAAAUAUGACUUUGUGCAUUGCAAACUUACUUUCAUUUCUGUAGUUAAAAGUUAAUUUCAGAAAGCUUAUGAAAUUCAUACUGUAUUUUCUCCUGUUUUCUAAGAGCUUGUAAAAAUAAUUCACGUAUUUGCUGGUUUUUCUUAUAUUUGGUGCAUAGCCAGAGUUCAUUUGUAAUAAAGAAUUUGAAAAUUAUUUCUAAUGUGAAUUUCAUAUAUUUAUAUUUUAUUAUAAAGGUUUAUAAGUGCAAAUGAUGUGCAUCUAGCUGUAGAUAAGGACAGUGUCCUCUACUUUUAAUAGUUCUCUGUAACAGCCAAAACACCACUAUGUUUAUACCAAGUAUUCAGAAGUGCCUGUUGAAUAAAACUGUUACCUUAAUCCAUUCUCCUAAGUACAUGUUUCCAACUUAUGAAGUCAACAAAUUCUUUUUUUUUUUUAAUGUUUUUAUUUAUUUUCAAGAGACAGAGAGAAACAGAGUACAAGUGGGGAAGGGGCAGAGAGAGAGGGAGACAGAAUCUGAAGCAGGCUCCAGGCUCCGAGCUAUCAGCACAGAGCCAGAUGCGAGGCUUGAACUCAGGAACCACAAGAUCAUGACCUGAGCUGAAGUUGGUCACUUAGCCCACUGAGCCACGCAGGCACCUCACAAAGUCAACAAAUUCUUAAUGAGUGCUUUUCAUGUGCCAAAUGCUGACUCCACUGUGGUAAACUGUAGUUCCUGCCUCCAUACCCCUUUCCUGAAAAGGUAAUGACACUAUGUUGGAUUGAUAUUGAAUUUAGGAAACCUGAUUUAAAAAUUUUAAUUACAGUAAAACUUGAAAAAGCGAUGACUAAGAACAUAUUAAACUAACAUCUUGCAGUAUCUCAUGAUCUUUUAAAUUAACUGUAAUUUCAUUUUUUUAAGGUUUAUGCCAUAUGAUAGCAUUAUUUCAUUUCUGAGAUGGAGAGAGUAAAUUAAUUCUGUUUCUUGUACUGAAUUCAUAGAUGUAUGAACCUACUGUAAUAUUGCUGUACAAUUUUUUCCAUUCACUUUUUAAAUUGCCUGUUAGAUCAUUAGAUAGUUUUACUUUAUUUUAUUGUUGCUAUUUUAAAUACACUGUCAUUGAAGGCAUUCAAAGGCUUUUCUAGCCGUGCCCAGACAUAUGUCCUUGCAUAUGGUAGGCAUUUUAUAGCUAUAAAUAAUCAGGAGUCCAGAAGCCCCUUUGUAAGCUGGGCCUGGGUCUUUGUAUGUUUGGCACCUGGUCUAAUAUCUGGCACACAAUGGUAGCCAAUAAAUGUCUGUUGAAGAACUAUUUGUUGACUGAAUCAGUCAUUUGAUCCUCAUAGAUGAGGUCAUAAUUAUUUCUGUCAAAGAUUCAUGGGAAAGAAUCUGUUUUGGGGGAGAAAGAGCAGAAAAUGUAGAACAGGUCUACACGAAGCAACCUUUUUUCUUUUAAAUCUCUUCUAAUCUCUUUUAAAAA